AUUCCACGAAACCGACCAAUGGAAAUAUCUGGCUCAUAAGAUUUCGGAACUUCAUUGAUAAAAAUAACUAGUGCGGGAUUUCCACAUGCUGAUGUCACAUUGUUGUUUGGAAGGGAAUCGUGUGCACCGAGACAGGAACAUCGUGAGGAACAGUGAAAAAUCAUGGCUCGUACCAAGCAGACCGCCAGAAAGUCUACAGGAGGCAAGGCCCCUCGUAAGCAACUUGCCACUAAGGCUGCACGUAAGAGUGCCCCCUCAACCGGAGGUGUGAAGAAGCCCCAUCGUUACAGGCCUGGUACAGUGGCUCUCCGUGAAAUUCGGCGGUACCAGAAGAGCACAGAGUUGCUGAUCCGCAAACUCCCAUUCCAGCGUCUGGUUCGUGAGAUCGCCCAGGACUUCAAGACGGAACUGAGGUUCCAGAGUGCAGCCAUUGGUGCCCUCCAGGAAGCCAGCGAGGCUUAUCUGGUGGGUCUUUUCGAGGACACCAACCUGUGUGCCAUCCACGCAAAGAGAGUGACAAUCAUGCCCAAGGACAUCCAGCUGGCCAGAAGAAUCCGUGGAGAACGUGCUUAAGAAAUGCAAUUCUGUGCUCAACUCCUGUAGUUUAGUUCAAAAACACUGCUAUCGUUGGUCAGUUCUUGAAGAAAAGUUGUUCGGAGGAUAAAACAGUUGCUAGCUAGCUGAUUGACAACCAACUAUGAGAAGCAGAAUCUAUUUGUAAAUAGUAUUAUUCCCCACUUGUAUCUGAAGAUCUUGGUACUAUAUUUUGGAACAUAUUUUACUAUAAUUAUAAGGUUAACCAUGAUAGAAGCCAAGUUGGCUAUUCAUCCUUUUUGAAUUUCGGAAACGAUGUUCACUCGCCCCAAAACUAAACAACAGAUCAGUGUGGUUUUUAACUUGUGUGUUUAUUGUGACCAUGUGUAUUAUGACCUCAUUUUAAUAUCCAGAACAUUUUGUUUUUUAAGUUUUGUAAAUGUUAGUUCAAGACCAGUCUGAAUGUUGGGAAAUCUUGCUUCACUACCUGUUUAAAGACGAGUAAUUGCUACCUCACAGAACUGAGCAGAAGACUUGAGGGAAACGUCAUUGAAAACAGAAAACUGCCUGUAUUGGGGCAAUGGGGUAUCUAUGGGCCCAGUUCCCUAUUUAUAAGGGAACAAAAUCCACUUUUAAAUUAUUUGUCCUGACAAAUUUAGAACAUGCAGUAAAUAGACGUGUUAGAGGGCAGGUUUUUGAAUUUUUUAGGACAAUUUCAGAGCAAGUGACGAUGAUAUAACGCAACAUGAAAAUGAAGGUGGCGAUCACUGCGCAACAUACUGUGAACGCUCAAGGCGCGCUGAAUUGCACUGCAUCAACUGUAAACCGCGUAAGAAAGUCUGCUCUAUGUUGAAAAGGUCAUUUACAUUGUAAUUUGAAAAAAAACAUGGGCCCCACUACACGAUAGCCAGUAUUGGUGCAAGAAUUUGAAAUGCUAUUUUCAUAACAUGUACACCAGUAGUGAAGUGGGAUUUUAAAAACUUAAUUUAUUGAAUCUAUAGUGAUAUGUAAACACUUAGUUUUCAACAUUUAGUAUUUCAUUUUCACAACGAUGGUGUUUCAAUGAUCCAUUCUCAUCUGAAUUGGGAUCUGAAUUUGCAGAUAAAUUUCAGUUACUAGGUUGACAUUUUUAAUGCAUGUACAUGUACAGCCAGUUGGGACAUUAAUUUUGUCUUCAAAUUCAACACUUAAUACAUGUACAUGUAUGUAACUGAAGUAAAAUUUUCUAGGCUUUUUAAAAAAACAGCUGAUUCGAAUUGAAUAUGUAUGCAUAAUUUGGAUGUUUCAUCUUGUCGACCUACAUGUAUACAUGUACAAUGUAUUUCUAAUCGGACCUCACCUGUACAUAAGUUGAAGUAGGUAGCCAACAUUACUCGUGUUUUAUAUCUCCACAGGAUGUUAGGUGUUUGUUACCAAUCCCAAUAAAACGAAUCACCAUCUAAUCAA